CCGCCUCUCCCCAUCGCCAUAGCAUAAACAGCCUGCAAAAGAAAUCUCAACCUACUUCUCAAGCUCCUUUAGUUUGCCUACGUCAAAGGUCUCGUCCCAUCCGACAUCAAUCAAGACCUUGACUCCUCCGUCAAGCUCAAGAAGCGAUUGCGAUGCCGCUGAUUCGGAUUGCGCGCCCAGCAAUGAGCAGAAAGUGAACAUCUUGAACGUGAUUUCAGCCCUAGUCUACUCCUCUGCCUCUGCCUUAGCAUCAACGCCUCUAAUCUGCUUGUUAUAUGGUGUUUCGCAUAGUUGGGCGAUUGUGUUAUCACUGUGUCCCAGUGUCUUGCGGAUGGUGGUGGUGUUGAUUUGGUGUUGAUUUCUUGGUGUUGACUGUCGCAAGUUUGGAAAUGUUCGCUAUGAGCCGAUGGCGAUGGGCAGGAGAUGGCGAUGGGCAGGAGAAAGCGCGUCAAGGUUUCUUUGCCAGGGGUCCCGUACUGAAGUACAGCUCAAGGUCCCACAAGCACAUGCAAGACACGUAUAAAGCGGCGCUUGCUAGAAUUGACAUUGGUGAAACAUUCAGUGAGAUCUGGCACUGUGUCACUCCAAGCUUAGGUUGCCGCUUUUCUACCAGUUUCCCCAGUUCUCCCAGUUCUUGGUGACUUCCUAUCAAGGAUCCAGUUCUGCCAGUUCUGCCAAUUCUGGCCUGAAGGGAAUUCUCCACGGUGUCAACACCACCAUAUCGACAAAUUUCGCAACCACCAUCACCACCACAGCCACCAUCGACUUUCACUAUUUACCAAUCAGCAGAAACCGAAACGCCUUCAUGAAAUGACUCAAAUCUCAUGAUCUCUUGAUUUUUCAUACAAACCAUCUACGUGAGCUAUCCGCCUAGCUUCGCCAGCUCUGUAAUUGCUUUGGGGAUAAUACACCAUGUCCGACUACCAACAGUACCACUCGCUGGCCCAAGGCGACCCCAAUGACCCAAGAAACCAAAAUCCACAGGUGGCACCCCCUCAGUUCAACCCCGCAGUUGCCCCCUCGCCAUAUGAUCCCCCAUCUGGCGCAAACUAUACCCCCCAAGGACAACCCCCACACCAAUAUGGUGCUCCGCAGAUGGGCACACCUUCGCCCUAUCCAGGUCCUCAAGACUCCGGAUACUUUCCAAACCAAGCUGGGCAGCCACAAGAUGGAGGAUUAGCAGCGCAGAUGGGCGGGUUGGGACUGGGCGAAGUGGCAUCACACGGGCGGAAGAAGAAGAAGGAUAGACACGCAUACCAUAACGUGGAAGCGCCGGCUGGUUCUUCUCAAGCUUUCAAUGGAAUUCCUCAAGGAAAUGUACAAUCGUCGCAAUUUCUGAACUCGGACUCUUCAGCAGGCCAGUUUUUGAAUCAGCAGAUUACCCCUCAAAUGUCUCAAUUCCCAGCGCCAGUCAAUGCACCAUUUAAUCCAGCAAAUGCUGCUUCGCCUGUCGAGUUUGCUUCAAGAAAUGGUACAGCACCAGACAGUUUUGCAGCAAAUGUUCAAGCUUCAGCCCAGGGUCAGGUUGAUCCAGACCAGAUCCCAAGUGUACCUAGUUCCAGAGACGCCCUCUCACAAUACUACCUCAGCAAUGUCUACCCUACCUUUGAGCACCAUAUACCCCCUCCAGCUUCCGUUUCCUUCGUUGCUUUUGAUCAAGGCAAUGCUUCUCCGAAAUUCACACGUCUAUCCAUGAAUAAUAUCCCAUCUACUUCGGAAGCCCUGUCUUCUACUGGACUACCCCUCGGAUUACUUUUACAACCUCUUGCUCCUUUGCAGGCUGGAGAGUUGGAAAUUCCGGUCUUGGACUUUGGCGAGAUUGGCCCUCCCAGAUGUCACCGUUGUCGAGCCUAUAUUAAUCCUUUUAUGGUUUUCCGAUCAGGAGGAAACAAGUUUGUGUGCAACAUGUGUAAUUAUGCAAAUGAUUGUCCUCCGGAAUAUUUCUGCGCGACUAGCCCUCAGGGGGCACGCGUUGAUCGAGAGUCAAGACCAGAAUUGAUGCGAGGAACUGUGGAGUUCUUGGUUCCAAAAGAAUAUUGGAAUAAGGAGCCUGUUGGAUUGAGAUGGCUCUUUUUAAUUGAUGUUGGCCAAGAGGCUUUCAAUAAGGGUUUUCUGGAGUCAUUCUGUGAGGGUAUUAUGAUCGCUCUUUACGGGAGUGAUUCUGAUUCCGAGGGGCGCAAGAUUCCUGAGGGUUCAAAGGUUGGAUUUGUUACUUUCGACAAAGAUAUACACUUCUACAACAUGAAUGUAAGUUUCCUACUCAAUUUCUGAAAAGUUUCAGUGACUAACAGUUUUAGCCUGCAUUGGAGCAAGCACAAAUGUUGAUAAUGCCAGACAUUGAAGAUCCUUUCUUACCUUUAAGCGAAGGUCUCUUUGUAGAUCCUCUUGAAGCCAAGUAAGUUCCUCGAAUCUCAGAACGAUAUGAGUCACUAAUUUCCUACAGAUCUAACAUCACCUCCUUCCUGAGCCAGCUUCCUGCUCUAUUCUCGCAAAUAAAAAAUCCAGAACCUGCCUUGCUACCAACUCUGACAGCCGCAUUGGCAGCGCUCGAGAAGACAGGUGGCAAGAUUGUGUGCUCGUUAUCAGCUCUACCAACUUGGGGACCAGGUCGCCUAUUUCUACGGGAUGAUGGUAAACAGCAAGGUGAUGCCGAAAAGAAGCUCUUUACAACAGAGCACCCCGGCUGGAGAAAGAUGGCCGACAAAAUGGUCACUGCUGGAGUUGGUGUUGAUUUCUUCCUGGCUGCUCCAGGUGGCGGUUAUCUUGACAUUGCCACCAUUGGUCAUGUCUCGUCCUCCACUGGCGGAGAAACAUUUUAUUACCCCAACUUUGUCUCACCACGUGAUUCCGCAAAGUUGGCGCAGGAGAUCAUGCACACUGUUGGACGAGAGACUGGAUAUCAAGCGCUGAUGAAAGUCCGAUGCUCGAACGGUCUGCAGGUUUCGUCGUAUCACGGAAACUUUGUACAGCAUACCUUUGGAGGUGACGUUGAGUUUGGAGUUGUGGAUGCCGAUAAGGCAAUUGGAGUCAUGUUUAGCUACGACGGCAAACUCGAUGCCAAACUUGACGCUCAUUUCCAAAGUGCUCUGUUGUAUACGACUGCCAGCGGUGAACGAAGGGUCAGAUGCUCCAACGUCAUUGCAAGCGUCAGCGAUAGUGCCAAGGAUUGCAUGAAGUUUGUUGACCAAGAUGCUGUCUAUGCUCUGAUUGCAAAGGAGGCUGCCACCAAGAUGACUUCAGCUUCAUUGAAGGAGAUUAGAGGCGCCUUGAUGGAGAAAACGGUCGAUAUCUUAGCCGGUUACCGCAAGAACUUCUCAGGCUCACAUCCUCCCGGACAACUUGUCCUUCCCGAAAACCUAAAGGAGUUUAGUAUGUAUAUCUUGGGGCUGGUAAAGUCUCGUGCUUUCAAAGGCGGACAGGAACCAACAGACCGGAGGGUGCACGACAUGCGAAUCAUCAAAGGUAUGGGAGCUCUCGAACUCUCCCUCUACCUUUACCCUCGUAUGAUCCCCAUCCACAACCUCCAGCCAGAAGACGGAUUCCCAAAUCCAGAGUCUGGGCAUCUACGCAUGCCUCCCUCAAUACGCUGUUCUUUCUCGCGUGUUGAGGACGGUGGCGUGUAUCUCAUUGAUAAUGGGCAAAACUGCUAUCUCUGGAUGCAUUCCCAGACUUCGCCAAACUUAAUCAUUGAUUUGUUCGGUGAAGACAAAGACUCUCUUAAGGCCUUGGACCCCUAUAGUUCCUCUCUCCCUGUUCUUCAGACACAUCUGAGUGCGCAAGUACGAAACAUCCUGGAGUAUCUGAAGACUAUGCGUGGUUCAAAGGCCUUGACCAUUCAACUUGCUCGACAAGGGCUUGAUGGUGCGGAAUAUGAAUUCGCAAGAUUAUUGGUUGAAGAUCGAAAUAAUGAGGCGCAGAGUUACGUGGAUUGGCUGGUGCAUAUUCACCGUCAUGUACAACUGGAGGUAAGUUGCCAAUGAUACCUCGUCAUUUAGAUUUUCGCUAACAACAAUCUAGUUGACGGGCCAAAGAAAGAAAGAUGAGAGUGGUGAUAACUCUAUAGCAUCGAAUUUUGCGGGGCUGAGACCUCCUUACUGGUAGAAAGGGAAUGAUGGAUGAUGGGAUGAUGAUGAGCAGGCAUGAUGAUACCUAAGAUAAAUGAAGAGGUGCGUAGUGAAGAAAGGAGGUGCGACGACUUGUGACUUGUGAGUACAUUUAGCGUGCAUAGAAAAGUCUUUGGUUCUCUGAUCUGUAACUUUUGGUUUUAUGGAAUGCAAUGCAACCUGUAAGUUCUUGUGCUCUCUCUAGUGUACUGUAAACAUGCUACGGAGAGGUUAUUUCCAAUGGCUCUAAGUGGGGGACUGUUUAUAGGUUCUUGAGUCAUUGGAAUGCUAUCGUUGGAAUGUUACUCGAGAAAAAAGGAAAAACAUAGGUUAUCCGACUUGUUUCUUCAUCUCCUGCUCUACUUCUCUCUUCAACUUUCGUUUUUGUAUAUUUUGUUUGGUUUCUUUUGCUUGAUUUGUUCUUCGCCAGUAUCUUGGCUCGUGAGGCAUAUACCGCAAAAUCUUUCUCAUUGUCUGCCACAUUUGACACAGGAUAUUCUUCUAUUUUUCCUCUGUGGCAGAAUUGAGUCUGUUUUGGGGACUCAGGCGCGCUCGAGGUAUAGAGUCCAUCACUUGCCAAGGAUUCUGAGGACCCCCUUCCACCAAUCUUCCCCCUGCCGGUCGCCACAAGCAAUAGAAGGUCAUGGGAAGCAACUCGUGCAUGAACUUCUUCCAUUGAUAACCGGAUUCUUCUUUUCCGGACAGAUUUCAAUCUUCAUCAGAUUUAUCAUCCCAAACUUAUAAUACAAAGGCUUGCCAGCCUCACUUGCCUCGAUGAACACUUCGAGUCCAAGCUUGUCUGCUUGGUCGAUGCCCCAUUGCAUCAAACUAGUCCCAAUACCCCUCGAUCUGUGAUUGGGAUGAACUGAAGUUUGAUUCACAGCUGCAUCGAUAUUAGUCCCAUGUCCAACGAUGAUGGGAUGCUUGCGUACCCAAGUGCGGCCUAUUCAUCCAAUGAAUCCUCGGCGCAUAUGUUUGAUUUAUGAUUUGUGAAGCAAGUUCCCUCCCUUCCCCUUCAGGCCACCAAGUGGCCUCAAAACCCGGAAUGCCUGCCAGUGAAAAUAAGCCAUUGUACGGCCCCCAUGAACUCAUCUGUUGCUGGAUCGACGACUACAAUCCAGUGACUGGCUGGAUUGUUUGAGUGCGAACUCCAGGCUCGCUCUUUGUCUGCUUGGAAACCUGCAGCGACGUCUGCCUCCGUGGCACCAAAGACUGGGUGGAAAAGUUGGAAGGAGGGGAGGUAUGGUUCGUGCCAUGCCUUCCAUGCUAGAUCUACGAUUUGGUUGGGCUCGGUUUGUGUGGUGGCUUCUUUGAGGAUGUAGUUGGACAUAUUGGAUGAACGACAAUUUAAUGGUUCGAACUUCGAAAAUACGUUUUCUUAGAUCUUUAAUUUAGAAGCCUUUUAGGGACACUAGCAAGGAUGGUGGUAAAUAUAAUUCAUAACUCGUGCCAGCAAAAGAACUGUGCCCAAUUUUGAUAAUUAGCGAUCAAGUGUUGGAAGGUUGUUUGUGAAACGGCAAAUCCAAGCUUGCUCUGUUCCGAUUGGAUCUUCCGAGGAAAAGAAA